UUUCCCUUCCCAUUUCGUCGCCACUGUUUUGGUGUUUAUUUUUGUCACCAUUUGGCACCCGGAGUGACACUCGGAGACAGAAAGCCUCUGGGCACCGAAACCAGCAGAUCACAGAGCGAAACUUUUGUGAGUUGUCUUAGAUUGUCUGUGUUGUUCCGGGCGUGUAUCUUCAAACCAGUCGUGUGGUAUUCAAAAUUUUUACUAUUCAAACAAACGGUACCGCGAGUUCAACAUCGCGCCGAAGCGAAGGUGCACAGAAGUUGGGUGAUUUUUUUGAAACGAUGCAGAUUUUAACAAGGAUUUUAUUACCCAUUGCCCUGCUUACACUGGUUUGUUCUGUAUCGGCUGAAAGUAGGUCUGGAUUUCAAAUUGCUGACAAAAAGAAACAGAACGACUUCACUGAUGACGAAGCCAAUGGAGAAGUUGACGUUAUGUAUGACGAGAGGCAAACAGAAGGAGAAACAAACAUUCGGCUGCAUGUUAAAAAUUUUCAGAUACAAGUUCCGGAAUCGUCACUGAGCACACUCAAAGAGACAAACAUGGCAGCUAUGAUACGAAGCUCCAUCUUGAGGUUGUUUGAAAUUCCACAUGGAGAAAGUAACGAACCGAGCUCGACUCAACAAGAGAGUUCAGAACAAGAACAGCAGCAGGAAUUAGAAUCCAAUUCGAUGCUUCAGAUCAACGGCAAUAAUUUACCGGCAAAGUUCUUUCUCGAGAUUAGCGACUUUCUGAUGAAUAAUCACGAUAACGAUGCCGUCGAUGAUAAGCGGGUUGAGUCCAACCACAACAAAAAUGCCGAAAUUUACGCAACGGAAGAAAUAAAAAUAGAGCGACUGGAAAAUGUUAACAAUGUGAAGAACGAAACCAUAACAAUAAGUAAGAAACGAUACAAUAACGGACCGGCGGGAUCUCAAAGUACCCCGAACCAGACGUUGCUCGAGACGACUAACACGGAGAACAAGUUUAGCAACAAUGUGACGCAUAAUCACACCGAAAAGGAGGAUCGCUUUCAGCAGACGCGCCCCAUUCGGCUGGACACGGUGGUGAUGCAGGUCAAAGUAGAUUCCGAUGGGAGACCGAAGACGUUGCGUGAGAAGGUUAUUUGGAGAAUGGAUGGCGCGGAGAAUGAUUACGCAAACUGAGAGAAAUAUUCUCAAAUAAUACAAUUUGAUCCCAAGAAGUUAAAUUUGUGGCCAUGUUUUAAUAUUUGUUAUAUGUGAUAAUAUACGUCAGUUAGACAAUACAGUUGUUGAA